AUGGGUUCUCUCCCCGCCCCGGUCAAGCCCGAGUACCAGAUCUUGGAGAAACCGAGUCGCAGCGGCCGCAAGCUCCGCAUCGUCUGCCUCGGCGGCGGCGCCAGCGCGCUCAACCUCGCGCACGAGAUCGACGCCUGCAAGACCCUCAACCUCGAGCUCGUCUGCUACGAGAAGAACCCCUCCAUCGGCGGCACCUGGUACGAGAACCGCUACCCGGGCUGCGGUUGCGAUAUCCCCUCGGUCAACUACCAGUUCUCGUGGGCGCCGUCGCCCGAGUGGACUCAGUUCUACUCGAGUGCUCCGGAAAUUCUGCAGUAUUUUAAGAAUGUCGCGGAGAAGUAUGACUUGAACAAGUACAUUCGCUUGAACCACAAGGUCGUGGGCGCUUUCUGGGACGAGCACCAGCAAAAAUGGAACUUCAAGAUCGAGAGGCAAGAUGGUACGAUUAUCGAGGACUCAGCCGAUAUCUUUGUCAAUGCCAGUGGUGUGCUGAAUAAGUGGAAAUGGCCGGCCAUCAAAGGCAGAGAGACCUUCAAGGGAACCAUGCUUCACAGCGCGAACUGGGACAACAGCAUCGAUCUCAAGGGAAAACGAGUUGGAGUUAUCGGUUCUGGCUCCUCAGCAGUUCAGAUCGUCCCCAACAUCCAGCCCAUCGUCGGAAGCAUGAGCUGCUUCAUACGAAGCUCGUCGUGGGUUGUGGGCGGCUUUGGCCAGCGUUUUGCCGGAAAGAAUGGCAGUAACUUCAAGUACAGCGAGGAACAGCACGAGAUUCUCCGCAACGACCCUAAGAAGUACCUCGCCUACAGGAAAAAGAUCGAGUCCGAGCUCAACUCCCGCUUCCGCUUCAUUCUGAACGGGUCCCAGGAGCAGCAAGACGCCAGAGCUUUCGCAGAGAAGGACAUGCGCUCAAAACUCGCUCCAAGACCUGACCUCCAAGACCUCAUCAUCCCGAAGAACUUCGCCGUCGGCUGCCGAAGACCGACGCCCGGCAACGGGUACCUCGAGGCCCUGUGCGAGGAAAACGUGACGGUGGUCUCGUCAAGUAUCCAAGAGAUCACGCCCAACGGCAUCAAGACGGCGGACGGCACCGAGCACGAGUUCGACAUCAUUGUUUGCGCAACCGGUUUCGACGUCAGCUGGCGGCCACACUACCCUACCAUCGGCCGCAAUGGAGUUAGCUUGAGCGAGUAUUGGAAGGAGACGCCCAACACAUACUUGUCUUUGACUGUGGCCAACAUGCCCAACUACGUCAUCUUCAACGGCCCCUUCGGUCCCUAUGGCCACGGAAGUUUCCUCCCCAUCACCGAGGCCGUGGCCAGAUACGUGAUGCAAAUGCUGCACAAGAUGUCAGAGGAAGAAAUCGCUUCGUUCUGCCCGAAGCAAGACGCCGUGAACGACUUCGCCGAGCACAGACGGAAGUUCCUCCCUCGCACCGCGUGGACGUCGCCCUGCCGGUCGUGGUUCAAGCAGGGCACCGUCGACGGAGAGCCCAUGAUGUGGCCCGGCUCGCGCAUCCAGUUCUUCGAGACCAUCAACACCCCGCGAUGGGAGGACUACGAUCUCAAGUACACCACGACCAACCGUUUUGGGUACUGGGGCAACGGGUUCGCAGCUCGUGAGACGGACGGCAGGGAUUUGAGUUGGUAUCUUGGUUUGUUGGACGGCGUUGAUGAGCAGCCUGCGCUGCCUGAUGAAGAUUUUGAGGACUUCUUUAUGAAUAAGUAG